UGAAGACAGUCCUACGUAAAUAUUGCCGGAAAUGGUAGCAGCCGUGAACGAAAAAUUCAGUAUUUUUGACAUUCUUUAGUCUCCUUGUAGUAUUUUGCCAUUGCAGCAAUUAUCGGACCAGGUCUGUGGAUUAGUAGCCUUUGGAUCGCUUCCUUAGGUUUUGUUGUCUGACGUGUCAGCUGGGUUGACAGUCACCAUUGAGCCGCAAAGCUACGCCGACUGGUUGCGAGAGAGCUACGCGAAAGUCAUGGCAGAGGAGCACACGGUACAGGCGCUGUCCUGGAGAAGGUUGUAUCUCAGUCGCGCCAAACUCAAGGCCGCGAGCAGAACGUCGGCACUGCUGUCCGGGUUCGCUAUGGUUGCAAUGGUGGAAGUGCAGUUACAGAAGGGUGAUGACUCAAUUGAUGAUGUCCCGGAGGGCCUCUUCAUCUCCUUCAGCGUGGUCACAACCAUCCUUGUGGCGGUGCAUCUCUUUGCACUCAUGAUCAGCACCUGUAUUCUCCCAAACAUCGAGGCCGUCAGCAACGUGCACAACAUCACGGCCGUGAACGAGUCGCCGCACGAGCACAUGCGCGUGUUCAUCGAGGUGGCGUGGUGCUUCUCCACGGGACUUGGCAUCUUCCUGUUCCUGGUGGAGAUCGCGGUCCUGAUGUGGGUCAAGUUCUACCAGUACAGCACCUGGGCAGCCAUCAUAUCCACGGGGAUACUGGUGCCCACGCUCAUCCUGUUCGUGGCCUUUGCGGUGCAUUUCUACCGUACCCUGGUGGUACACAAGUAUGAGCGAUCAGCCCAGGGACUGAUGGAGCUAGAAAACAUGGCCACUCAGCUAAAGGACAAUGGUCCACGGGUGGAGGAUGUGUAGAAUGGGUCAAAAUUGAAAAAUCUAAAUCCCCGUCCUCUUUUUGAUAAUUAUGAGAAGCCUCGAAAUCUAUGAUUGAAGAGGUGAUGUUUUUAUUGAUGGGGCAAAUCUAUAUUCAAAUUUGUGGAUGUUUUAUUUACUUGGAAUCUGUGGCUCGAAAAUGAACUGUGAAGUGAUCUUUUUAAGGUAAUUGUCGGUAUUUUAUUUCCAAUGUGUUGUAAAAAGGAUUGUUGAUUCAGUGUUUGGAAUCAAGUGAAUUUGUCACUUGAACCAUGUGAAAGUUGAAAAAGAAAAUUGUUGCACUUGAUUGGUGGAAAUACUUCCUUGCAGUUCCCACGAGCACGAUGCAAUGCAAGUAGCAUCUGCUAGGUGGUGUGACUGCAUUCAUACUGAGACAAUCAGACGACAAAUCCCAUAAUUGAAAGCUACAUGUGGUAACAAAAAGUAUGAAUAACUUUAAGACCUUUUAGUUGCUCAGCUUUACCUACAAGCGCUGCAAGGAUUUGAAAACAACAAAAGCCAUUUAUUUGUUCCCAAAUCUGCAAAAAGGGCCGUAAGUCCCUGGUCCAUCGCACACUGGUAUCAUAAUACAAAUGUAUAGUGCACCCCCACCCCCCAAGAAAGCAUGGCCUAAUGAGUGACGAAUGAAGCAUAUAGGAAAUAUUAUUAACUUCCCAACAUCUUUGUGUACUGUACACUGUGCACAUAACAUUUUCAAUGGAAUGAAUGCUAAAGCUAAAAAGAUAUGGUAGAUAAAUUUCUGUCUUGCCAAUACUUGCAAUACAAUCAAAUGUUUGCAAUAUACCAGUAAACCCUGUCAUACUGUAACCAUGCAGCUUUGUGUGCUGCUUCAGUUGUGCCACUUUUGUACAUGUAUAUUUAUAAAUAUUCUAGUUUUGUAUUGCCAAUACAUGUGUAAGAAAUAUAAAUGUAAGUAUACAAACAUACUAUAUAUUAAAAAGAUUCAUGUAUCAAAUUUAUAUCCUUUAAAAGUUGGAUAGAAUAAGAAAAUUUAAAAUUUUAAGAAAGAGUUGGUUUAAUUUUUGUGCUGGCUGUAUUAGAUUAGUUAUGUUGUCCAAACCAUUCUUUGUUUGGUG